AUGACUUCCCAUAUGGCCAAUGUCAACACAAACUUUGAUCCUGAUUACGACUCUUUUCUGAAUCUCGAAAAUGACUUCACUCCAUCGUCUACCUCGCCUGCCAUCAAAUCAAUACCUAUGUUGACUCCCCAGUCUUCCAUUCCUGGAUCUGCAACUACCUACGCUUCUAGCUCUGCUCCUCAGACCUUCCCAGGACCCAGUUUCCAGUACGAUGCCUAUCACCAACAGACUGGCAUUCCCAUCGGAGCAUUAGCAAAUACCUUUGCCGUCAACAGGGCCAGUGGCCUACAAUAUCACGAAGGAAAUGGAGGCUUCAUCAUGCCCACUGAGACUUUGAAUAUGCCAUUGAGCACCUUGGACGAGUAUGAUUUCUCCCAAGGAACCGACAUGGACUUCGAUACCGAUUCUCCCAACGACCUGCCCUCGAUGUUCUAUUCGGAACAAGCGUCUCGUCCCGCUCAGUUUGUAAGCCCAAACACCCUCGUCGCUCACAACAACAUGAGCUCAACACCUAUUCAACGCAUCUAUCCCGGUAUGCAUAGCCAACAGGCUGCCCAGGCCAAAGCUCAGCAAGCUCAAAAACAACAAAUGGCUCGCCAGCAACAACAAGCGCGCCCUGACGGCCAGAAGCCUCUCCCAAGCCCCACAAAGUCCCAGGCGAGCAAGGAUCCAUUGGUUGAGGAGAGUAUCUCCAAAGUGCUGAAUCGGAUGAGGCAAGAGAGCGUCACUUCCACCGCCACUGAUGGUGAUGGUGCCAAUGUCGGCAUGUCGAACAUGCCACGCAUUAAGAAAGAUGAGGAUGACAUGGACGAGGACGAGAGGCUCUUGGCCAGUGAAGAAGGCAAGAAAUUGUCAAGCAAGGAGCGUCGCCAACUGCGAAACAAGGUUUCUGCCCGUGCCUUCCGUUCGAGAAGAAAGGAAUACAUUGGCCAGCUCGAGGGAGAAAUUGCCGCCAAGACCCAAGAAGCCAACGACAUGCGUGCUCAGAACGAACAACUUCGAGAAGAGAACAACCGUCUUACGGAUCUCACUCGCAUGCUUCUCUCAUCGCAAGCUUUUGCUGGCUUCCUCCAAGAACUCAGCCAGUCAGGCCUUCCAGCCCCCAACACGCACGUCAAUACCCAGCAACAAAAGCAAGCUAGAUCUCAACCUCAACCCCAAUCCCAGUCAAACCCAAGACUUAAAGAUGUCAGCACCAACGAAGUUUCUCGUCAGAUGCGAGGUCAACAGCCCCAGAUUGGCAUGGCUCUCAUCCCAGAAACUCCCAUUGAUCUCUCUGCAUUCCAAUCGUCAAAUGCCUGGAUGACUGCUCUUCCUACUUCAGACUUCCAAGUGUACGCUGUUACAGAAAUUCCCGAAGCCCCCGCCCUUGAUCUGGAGGCCAUCUCAGGAAAACCCGACUCGAUCUUUAGCCGUCCCAAACCAACCAAAGAUGUGCCAAUGUUGCAAGACUCGGUUGAGUCCUGGACCAAGCCAGCUGAGCACAAGGCAUCAGUCGUUGAUGAGACCGUUCCGCUAGAUCAAGGGGCAUUUGCUUUGUAUUUUGAGACGCCAUCCAUUCCAACUAUCCAGGACAAGUCGGCUGAUGCCCUGGGCAUUGAGAUAUCGGAGGAACAACGAUCCGCAGAACUGAAGAACAUGUGUGACGAUCUUGAUGAAGCUUGUGCUCGGAUUUCUAGGUAUACGGUUCACAUGAACUAA